AUCUGAAGAGCAGAAAGGACACAUUCACUGAGGAGACGGUCAGAGCGAGUGACUGGAGCACUAGAGCCGUGCUGCACAUCCCACUGACAAUACCUGAAGACUGCUUUAUCCUGGUGAAAGCCAAGGAACAAAAAUGGAGUCUGUUUACAUUAAACAGGAGGUGGUUCUGGAAUUGGUACCUGUGUGCAUUAAACAAGAAAUGCCUGAACUGGAGCCUGUCCACAUUAAAGAAGAGACUGAACUGGAGCCUGUCCACAUUAAAGAAGAGACUGAACUGGAGCCUGUCCACAUUAAAGAAGAGACUGAACUGGAGCCUGUCCACAUUAAAGUGGAAGAGACUGAACUGGAGCCUGUCCACAUUAAAGAAGAGACUGAACUGGAGUCUGUCCACAUUAAAGAGGAAGAGACUGAACUGGAGCCUGUCCACAUUAAAGAAGAGACCGAACUGGAGCCUGUCCACAUUAAAGAAGAGACUGAACUGGAGCCUGUCCACAUUAAAGAAGAGGAGACUGAACUGGAGCCUGUCCACAUUAAAGAAGAGACCGAACUGGAGCCUGUCCACAUUAAAGAAGAGACUGAACUGGAGCCUGUCCACAUUAAAGAAGAGGAGACUGAACUGGAGCCUGUCCACAUGAAAGAAGAGACUGAACUGGAGCCUGUCCACAUGAAAGAAGAGACUGAACUGGAGCCUGUCCACAUUAAAGAAGAGACUGAACUGGAGCCUGUCCACAUUAAAGAAGAGACUGAACUGGAGCCUAUCCACAUUGAAGAAGAGACUGAACUGGAGCCUGUCCACAUUAAAGAAGAGACUGAACUGGAGCCUGUCCACAUUAAAGAAGAGACUGAACUGGAGCCUGUCCACAUUAAAGAAGAGACUGAACUGGAGCCUGUCCACAUUAAAGAAGAGACUGAACUGGAGCCUAUCUACAUUGAAGAGGAGUCUAUUCACUUGUUGUUUAAGGGUUCAGAAAAUAUAUACCGGCCAAAGAUAUCACAUCAAUGUACUGGAUAUGAAAAGAGCUUCAGUCAGUCAGGAAACCUAAAAAUACACCAGCGAAUUCACACUGGAGAGAAGCCGUAUCACUGUAGUGAAUGUGGGGUGAGCUUCACGGUGUCAGGAAGCCUAAAAAUACAUCAGCGAAUUCACACUGGAGAGAAGCCAUAUCACUGUACUAAAUGUGGGGUGAGCUUCAGUCAGAUUGGAAGCCUAAAAGCACACCAGCGAAUUCACACUGGAGAAAAGCCUCGUCACUGUUCUGAAUGUGGAAAGAGCUUCAGUCAAUUAGGACACCUAAAAUCACAUCAGCGAAUUCACACAGGAGAGAAGCCAUAUCACUGUAAUGAAUGUGGGCAGAGCUUCAAUCAGUUAGGAGUCCUAAAGAGACACCAGCGAAUUCACACUGGAGAGAAGCCAUAUUACUGUUCUGAAUGUGGGAAGAGCUUCCGUCAGUCAGGAGACCUAAAAGCACAUCAGCGAAUUCACACUGGAGAGAAGCUGUAUCACUGUACUGAAUGUGGGGAACGCUUCAGUAGGUUAAAAGACCUUAAAAAACACCAGCAAAUUCACACUGGAGAGAAGCCGUAUCACAGUACUGAAUGUGGGGAGAGCUUCAAUCAGUUAGGUGACCUAAAAAGACACCAGCGAAUUCACACUGGAGAGAAGCUGUAUCACUGUACUGAAUGUGGGGAACGCUUCAGUAGGUUAAGAGACCUUAAAAAACACCAGCAAAUUCACACUGGAGAGAAGCCGUAUCACAGUACUGAAUGUGGGGAGAGCUUCAAUCAGUUAGGUGACCUAAAAGCACAUCAGCGAAUUCACACUGGAGAGAAGCUGUAUCACUGUACUGAAUGUGGGGAACGCUUCAGUAGGUUAAGAGACCUUAAAAAACACCAGCAAAUUCACACUGGAGAGAAGCCGUAUCACAGUACUGAAUGUGGGGAGAGCUUCAAUCAGUUAGGUGACCUAAAAAGACACCAGCGAAUUCACACUGGAGAGAAGCUGUAUCACUGUACUGAAUGUGGGGAACGCUUCAGUAGGUUAAGAGACCUUAAAAAACACCAGCAAAUUCACACUGGAGAGAAGCCGUAUCACAGUACUGAAUGUGGGGAGAGCUUCAAUCAGUUAGGUGACCUAAAAAGACACCAGCGAAUUCACACUGGAGAGAAACCAUAUCACUGUACUAAAUAUGGGGUGAGCUUCAGUCAGAUUGGAAGCCUAAAAGCACACCAGCGAAUUCACACUGGAGAAAAGCCUCAUCACUGCACUGAAUGUGGAAAGAGCUUCAGUCAAUUAGGACACCUAAAAUCACACCAGCGAAUUCACACAGGAGAGAAGCCAUAUCACUGUAAUGAAUGUGGGCAGAGCUUCAAUCAGUUAGGAGUCCUAAAGAGACACCAGCGAAUUCACACUGGAGAGAAGCCAUAUUACUGUUCUGAAUGUGGGAAGAGCUUCCGUCAGUCAGGAGACCUAAAAGCACAUCAGCGAAUUCACACUGGAGAGAAGCUGUAUCACUGUACUGAAUGUGGGGAACGCUUCAGUAGGUUAAGAGACCUUAAAAAACACCAGCAAAUUCACACUGGAGAGAAGCCGUAUCACAGUACUGAAUGUGGUAAGAGCUUCAGUCAGUUAGGAAGCCUACAUAUACACAAGCGAAAUCACACUGGAGCCAGCCUCCCUCCCUCUCAGUCCCUCACCUCUCCACCCUGCUUGUUUGAGUGUGUGGAGAGCUGACUGAUUCCUUGUCUCUCUCUCACCCUGCAGUAAAUGAAAGGGGUCCCCAGGAGUGAGAGCCAGCCUGAAUCCAGAGACACUGAGAAGGGAGCGUGUCAAACUGAAGGAGACAGACCCAUUCUUUCAGAAUGAACUGGACAGCCCUGGGAUUCAGCUCCACUCCUGCCCCUGAAUUGGAAAUGAAUCUCACUCAUCAUGCUGUGAGGAUUUAGGACAGUUACAGGGUCAUUCUACUUAAGGGACACAGUGGAAAUAUGCCAAGCUUUUUCUUUGAACAAUUAUAUGUGUGAUAUAAACCCAACACAUUACACUCAGCUGCCAAUAACAUUUAUGAUAUUUUUAAAAUGUAAUUUGAGCUAUAAAUGGCAUUACUGUUCCAAUGUCAGUGAUUACAGUAUACAAUACAUAAGUGAAUUGUUUAAAAGCACCCAAAACUAAGAAUAUCUUCAUGGGUGUGGCAGCAGUGUGUGCUUCAUCUAACUAGUAUGGCCUCUAAGCUCUUGCACCAGUGCAGACACAAGCUGGAGCAACCUUGUGUUUUUUGUUUUUAUUUUAGGUGGUGCAAACUUUGCACUGGAGCAAAAGCUGUUUUGGUUUUGCAUGAAUUUGAAUGAAUGAAUCUGCUUUGCUGAGUGUUUAAAUACUGAGAAACUCCAAGCUUACUGUCUACUGGAGCCCUGCUUCAGUGCAAUGAGAUUGAAAUACAAUGUGUAGAUUGUAUAUCCAAUUAUUGUGACAGACCACAAUAUUAGACCUGUAUAAAUAUAAUACUGUAAAACAUGAAAGGUGAGCAAGCAAACAAUUUUCACUAAUGUUACAUUUGUUACAAAUCUGCAGAACCUACAUGCAGCAACAUUACCAUCAUUACUACAUUCAUAGUUUAUACAGUUUAUGAAUAAUUGAUCGAAACAAUCUGCAGAAUGAAGUUGCCUCAGACUGUUUGACAGUAACAGAGCUGGUGCUUUUGUGGAAUCACCAUUAGCUGUUUUAUUCUUUUUGGCUUGUUUGUUUGUAUUUUGUAUCAGUAUGCUAUCAUUAGAGUGAUAACACCUGAUACAUCCUGAGGCAAGCUUAGCUAUUUAGAAAGGGUUUCAUUAAAAUUGAAUUUCCUGUACAUUUUCCAGUAUCUCUGUAUAUAAAGGGCACAUGUUUCCAUUACCUCUGUAUGUAAAAGGUUUCUCAUUUUUAAACUGUCAAUGAUUCCUGAGAGAGAUCUGCAGUGGAACUGAACAAACCCAAGGGAGACAUUGAAAAAUACAAGCUUGUCAAAGGGGGAGAUGCUGCUGCAGGUUUGAUCAUACUGGCUUCAUGAAAUGAGAAAAGGAAUUCCCUCUGUGUCCUGGAAUUCCUUUGCUAGUGUAUCAUGAUGUAAGCCCUGGAGUGUGGGCUCAGUCUUCAUGAAAUGAGAAAUGGAAUUCCUUUGCUAGUGUCUCAUGAUGGAAGCCCUGGAGUGUGGGCUCAGUCUUCAUGAAAUGAGAAAUGGAAUUCCUUUGCUAGUGUAUCAUGAUGUAAGCCCUGGAGUGUGGGCUCAGUCUUCAUGAAAUGAGAAAUGGAAUUCCUUUGCUAGUGUCUCAUGAUGUAAGCCCUGGAGUGUAGGCUCAGUCUUCAUGAAAUGAGAAAUGGAAUUCCUUUGCUAGUGUAUCAUGAUGUAAGCCCUGGAGUGUGGGCUCAGUCUUCAUGAAAUGAGAAAUGGAAUUCCUUUGCUAGUGUCUCAUGAUGUAAGCCCUGGAGUGUGGGCUCAGUUCUCAUGAAAUGAGAAAUGGAAUUCCUUUGCUAGUGUCUCAUGAUGUAAGCCCUGGAGUGUGGGCUCAGUCUUCAUGAAAUGAGAAAUGGAAUUCCUUUGCUAGUGUAUCAUGAUGUAAGCCCUGGAGUGUGGGCUCAGUCUUCAUGAAAUGAGAAAUGGAAUUCCUUUGCUAGUGUAUCAUGAUGUAAGCCCUGGAGUGUGGGCUCAGUCUUCAUGAAAUGAGAAAUGGAAUUCCUUUGCUAGUGUCUCAUGAUGUAAGCCCUGGAGUGUGGGCUCAGUCUUCUCUGCUGCCUGCUUGUUCUCAGUGUGUGAGUUCAGCUGCAUUUCCAGUGUCCUGAGCUGGGCUUUGAACACACUGGGGACGCAGCUGAGAACAAGCCAGACCCACGACUCAGGGGUUUUGUUUUAGAUCAGAUAACAAGAUGAGAAACAUUAUAUGCUUAACUCUGUUUUAUUGUUUUUAUUGAAUUUUUUUCUAUGAAUUUUAUUAGGACUCAGAAUCUCUUUGCAUUCAUUGUGUUGCAAUUUAGACAUUUUCACUUUACAUAUUAAAAAGCACAGAUAAGUCUAUUAGAAAUAGACUACAACUCUGGCUAAAGGUUUUGCCUCACUCUGUGGAAUGAACUAAUUUUGCUUCAUAAAUUCGAAUGAAAUCUGCUGAAUAAUGUUACAUGAACACAUUGAAUUACACACUGCUUUGUAGUUUUCCAUAUAUUGAAUGAAAAAGUGACAUUUUGAUGAAGUAUGAUGAAGUACUGUACUAUUAUUAUGGCAUCCAGUAGACACUUGUGAUAUCCUUGUGUAGUUUCUUUGAUUUCACAAUGUUAAAUAAAAGUUCUGAAUUAUGUUCAUAUAGUUGUUUUUUUUUGUUUUGUUUUUAACUAUACCAACAAAUUCUAGGUGAUGCUAAACUUUUGUCUGAGCUCUACAUAUAAAUCAGCACUGCCA